UACAUGGAACGAAUCUACCGACAAUCCUUUUAAACGAUCCGAUAUUGCACAAUUUUCUUAUUUGCAACAAAUAUAUUUUUUAAAUUAUCUACGUAUUAAACCAUCGGAAAUUCUGUCAGAAAGAAAAAUGUGUCUUACUAGAAACAGUAAUGAGAAGAGCAAACAUUAGAAGAAACGCUACACUGCUAAACCAUAGAUAUCAGAUCCUGGACUAUGCGGACGACCUCGACGUAGCAGGGAGAAGCCUAAAAGAAGUCAGGGAGAUUUUCGAGGCAAUCAAAGAGGAAGCAAGGAAAGUAAGGCUCCAAAUUAAUGCAGACAAAAUUAAAUUUAUGGUAGUAUCCAGAUCUCAGGUAGCGAAGAGAAAGUAUGGACAAAGAUUAAUCAUAAGGCAAUACUCUUUCGAAGUAGUCAGCGAGUUCACUUACUUAGGCUCAGUUAUAUCAAAAGACAACAAUGAAGCAGCAGAAAUCAAGAGAAGAAUGGUCAAAGCCAACAGAGCAUACUUCAGCCUCGAACAACCAAAAUAAUAAUAUAUAAAACUCUUAUUAGGCCUAUUAUAACAUACGGAGCGGAAUGUUGGACGCUGAGGAAGACUGAUAUGGCAAACCUUGGA